AUGCGACGUGAGUUCGUGAGUCGCUUGAAAAAACUACCACAAACGUACCAUUUGCUUCAAAACAUACAUAACAAAUACACUGGUCUUAUGUUUGUCUUUCCAGCUUUCAAUGACAGCUACAAGACAAGAAAGCGGACCUUUCAGUGCUGUAAGAAUUGCAGGGUAAAGAGGGUACGGUGUACCAUUCUGGAUUCAAGCUACGAAACGGAGGGGUGUGAUAAUUGUAAAACACAGAAAGCAAGGUGUGAUUUAAUCAAGACUCCGAAGUCAAAAAAAGACUCUUCAAAGAGUCAUGUGAGACGCGUUUCAAAAACUGAGGCUACGGGCGCUAGUGUUGAGAUUGCUACGUCACCCAGCUGUCCGAAAAGUUUCAAAUCGUCUUCUUCUGCCUCUUCUACAGUAACCCCAGGGAGUGCAUUUCCUUUGUACUCAAACAAUGUCUCGGGUGUACCAGAAAUUGCGCAAUCUGCUCUUGUCGGAAACCACGUGGAAAGAAUGUCGAAGACAAUUGCUACCCCCAGGGGACCCUCUAUAUCCUUAGGACCUGAGGCUUUUCGAGAGUUACCUCGUCCAAUAAGUCACCAAACUGACCCAUCUAGUAUUAGAAGCUAUUGGGAUCAAAACUUGACUCACAUGGGGCAGCCACAGACAAUACAAAAUGUACCACUCUUGAGUAAUAUGCGCUCAUUGCCGGGCCUUCCUCCUGGUAUACCUCCAUCGUUCUCAUCACCAUAUAAUCAUACCCACUCAGUCGACAGAACUAUUAAUGAAAUAGAUCAUAAGUUCUUGAAGCAGUGUUUCGGAUUCAACAGCACCAUCCGCAGAUCCAAAUAUCAUUUCACCAAAGCUGUCAUAGGAAGGCGCGGAACCAAAGAAACGGGUGUAAAUCCUUCAGAACUAACAAGGACACUGAGGAUCAAGAGCAAGUUUCUUGACAAGUCGAAUCUUCUCCAAUUCAAGUUCUUGUUAAGUCUUCACGCUUUUACCCUUAAUACUCCAGGAUUCUACAAUAUUUCAGACGAGGAUCUAAUCAAAUUGUUUGAAAUCUACUUUUACAAAGUAAACUCAAUUUUCCCCAUUGUUUUCGAAGCCGAAUUUUGGGAAUUGCAUAAGAGAAAACGAAUCCCAAAUAUAAUCAUGUAUGCGAUCGUUCUACUCGCUGCUGGAGAUGAACUUUCUGAACCAAUAUUGGCAAGAUCUUUCGUACAAAACGGCGACUCUUUCAAAGAAAACUGUGCACGCUUUCUUCGAGAACUCGAGAUGAAAACGCGACAACUUUUGGAAUUUUUGCCUGAAGUAGGAGAUACAGAAAAGCUAGCUCGACUCAUCACCCUGCUUCUCUUGUCGCUAAACUUUCGUUCUAACAAGAUUGGAAAUGAGCAAAGUAGCAGUGAUGUCGGUGAUUGUAUCAGCUAUGCGUAUUCGUUGCUUAUACACAAUCAACACUUUCAUGACAUGAUUGUUCAAAUGGGUGCUGCCAAAAAGUCCAUAUACUUGAGAAAUUUAUGGUGGGUGGUAUUGAUCUUUGAUCGUUUCAACGGUGUACUAAAUGGUAAGGCGAUGUUUAUCAAAAGACUCGACUUCAACAUAAAGAGGCCCAUAGAUGUACCGCAUUUGAACCAAUUAGUCAUUCUAGCUUACGCACUUGAAGACACUAUGGUGGCUGGUUUCAGACCACCAAGAUCUUUGGAGAAAGGUGGUACAGUUGUGAAAAGUGAGUAUUUUGAUGGAGACCCAAGCUUUUUGCCUAGCCAGAUUAUAAGCGAAGAGAUCAAGAUUCUUGAAAACUCCCACUUUAUCGAAGAAAAGCUUUCAUUGAACACAAUGCAUGAUGUUAAUUCAACCAAUCACUUACCUGAUCUUGAUGUUAAAGUUUACCGAGAUCGGAAUGUUUUCUUUAUGGAAAGACUUGUUCGGCAUCAAAUUCUUCUUAUUCUAAGAACGGGUCUGUUCAAGAACCUCCGCGAGGCAUCUCAGUUGGACGAAUUUAGUCUCAAGCUAUCCAAACGCUUGUUGGAGAUGUUUCAGAUGUUGAAGGGUGGACAAAAUCAUAAACUAGUGAUGACACAUCCGAUGAUUCCGCUGAUUUUACUUCUUGCGUUUUCCAUACCCUCAUUUGCUCGCUCUCAUUUGUUAAAUAAAAGAGGAGAGAACCCAGACAUAUCGCCAGAAAUGAUUAAUCAAAUCACUAUGCUUAGUGAUGGUAUUUUGGACGAGCUCAAAAAUUUCUCUACGAAAUGGUGGUUUGUACAUGAGGUCAUUGUAUCUCUAGUCAAAAGACAUCCAAAAUCUACAAAGGAACGAAAUGAUAAAGCACCUCAUUUGGACUACUUUACGCCUAAGGAUCAUAUGAUAUCCAUCAAAAGUCUUGUUCGUGAUGUGGGUGAUGCAGAAUGCGUACUUCCGUCGCUGCUUUCGAUCACCUCGCCGGGAUUUUACGAUGAUGUCAUGCAAAAAGAAGAAAGCGAUGCCGAGGAUGAUCAGAGCAAAGAGCUGUCCGCACAAGAAACCACUUCAGCAUCUCCUGCUCCUGAACUCAAUAUUUCCCAAACACCAGUUACUAUUCCGGAGUAUGACUACCAAAACGCAGAAUACAAUGAUCAUAUUGAUGAGAGUACAGGUAGUGUUUCAAUUGCAGAUGAUCUCAACUUCGACGUUGCCCAACUAGCAGAAAUGGUGAGCUCAGACGCGAAUUUUAUUCCCAAUGUGAUGGACUAUUUUUCAGAAUCACAGCUCAAUUUCUUCUUCUGA